AUAGCUGCCACUCAUCCAAUCCACAAAUUUCCCUCUCUUCUAUGAGAAGCUGAAUUGAACUCUUCCCAUUUUUCUCCGUUCAUCUUCGCCGGAGAAAUUUUUCCCAUGGCGAAAACUUUGAUAUCAUCUCCGUCGUCGUUCAUCGGAACUCCUUUGCCGUCGCUCUCUCGCCAUGUAUUUCACCGGCGAAGGCUUAUCUCUACUAGAGUGAAAUUCAGCUUCCAUGGCCUUCCCCCGAUUCACUCGCUUCACUCUCAUUUUGAUUUUGAAGCUGUUGUAAGCCGAGCGGAGGGACUUCUCUAUACGUUAGCUGAUGCUGCUGUCGCGGCUGAUCCUGGUGUUGCUUCCGAUGUUACUGCCGCCGGUACUGCUCAGAAAAGUGGUGGUUGGUUUGCUUUCAUUUCUGACGCCAUGGAAGUUGUGUUGAAGGUAAUGAAGGAUGGACUGCAAACUGUGCAUGUGCCUUAUUCCUAUGGAUUCGCAAUCAUAUUGCUUACUCUCCUGGUUAAAGCUGCCACUUUCCCUUUGACAAAGCAACAGGUUGAAUCAACUUUAGCAAUGCAAAAUCUCCAACCAAAGAUCAAAGCUAUUCAACAAAGAUAUGCUGGAAAUCAGGAGAGAAUCCAACUUGAGACUUCACGUUUAUAUAAGCAGGCAGGGGUCAAUCCUCUUGCUGGAUGUUUCCCAACUUUGGCUACUAUACCUGUUUGGAUUGGUCUUUAUCAAGCCCUCUCCAAUGUGGCAAAUGAGGGAUUGCUGACUGAAGGUUUCUUUUGGAUCCCUUCUUUGGGAGGCCCGACUACUAUAGCUGCUCGACAAAGUGGAUCUGGAGUUUCUUGGUUAUUCCCAUUUGUGGAUGGGCAUCCGCCUUUGGGUUGGCAUGACACGGUGGCUUACCUCAUUUUGCCUGUCCUGCUAAUUGUUUCACAAUAUGUUUCAAUGGAGAUAAUGAAACCUCCCCAAACAGAUGAUCCGUCUCAAAAGAACACACUUCUGGUUUUCAAGUUCCUUCCGCUCAUGAUUGGCUAUUUCUCUUUGUCUGUUCCAUCAGGGUUAACAAUUUACUGGUUCACAAAUAAUGUGCUGACCACAGCACAGCAGGUAUGGUUGCGCAAGUUAGGUGGUGCAAAGCCUGCUGUGAGUGGAGAUGCCGGUGGUAUCAUCAGUGCUGGACGUGCAAAGAGAACUACCUCUCAACCUGAACAAUCCGGAGAGAGAUUCAGGCAGCUAAAAGAAGAUGAAAAGAUGAAAAAGUCAACCAAGGCACUCCCUACAGAUAAGGUUGAACUUUCUGCUUCUAUAUCUGAUUCCGAGGACGAACAAGAUGAUGACACCAAGCCCAAGGAUGAAGAAGUUCUGGAAGAGGCUUAUGCUUCUAGCAGUAGUAAAGAAGUUCCAAAUUACUCAGGGCCAAGGAAGAGUAAGAGAUCAAAAAGGAAGCGUGCUGUGUAAAGUGGUAAAUCAAUUCUUAGCUGUCAGUUUAACUUGUAUAUUCAAAUAUGUAUUUUAGUUAGUGUAUAGUGGCCAUUUUCAUGUCGGUCAUCUAUUUAAUGGCUACCUGCCAAAUGACGAGAACCUGAUAAGUAUGCAAAAGUGAAUUCACGAGCUUUCAA